UGUUGAUCUCAUUCUUUUAUUUGUAUUUACAUGAUGUUUUCCCCUUGCUUUUAUUUCUUAUUUGUUAUUAGUUUGACAGCGUUGAGAGUACCCCUGAGUAUCCUGUGUCUGCUCUGUCAAAGCACUUUGUAAACCCUGUUUUAGAGGUGCUAUAUAAAUAACUAUUAUAAGUAGUAGUACCUACCCUGUGUCCUGCACAGUGUUCUCCAGGCGUGUUACUCUUUGAGUGGAGGAUCUUUCAUCAGCCUCAGUUUUUAUCUGCCUCACAGCCCCUAGCAGCCUCUGCCAUUUGACUGUCAUUAGCACUAACAACAUUAGUAUGGAUUCCCCAGCUGAGACUGGAUUUAAAAGACAUGCCUCUGAGAGGUUUGAUAUCAAGAGAGACCUUUUUAUAGUUGUCAGUCUUACAUUUUAAACAAGCACUAAGAAGCUUUCGAUUUCUCUUAGUGUUAAGUGAAGCUGGCAGCGCUUUCCACUCGUCCUCCUUGCAUCCUGGCUGCACGAUCCAGUCCAGGUCUGUCAUCAGAGCACUGGCUUGGAAUCAUUAGGGAGAAACGACUGAACUGAACCACUGAUGAACAGUUUCUUCUUCUCCAGUUCUUCUAUGUAUUGAGUAUCAACCCUUGGAAUGACCAUGUGUGUUGGGUAUAAAUGUAGGUAGUGGCAUGACUCGGGUCUGACCCUGGAGAUGCCGAAGAGACGAGACAUUGUUGCCAUUGUGUUGAUUGUGUUGCCUUGGACUCUGCUAAUCACUGUUUGGCACCAGAGCAACAUCACUCCUCUGCUUGCUACUCGAAAGGAUGACAGGCGAGACGGUCGCUCCAACUUCAGGAAUACUUUUGCUUUCAAGGAGUCCUGCUCGCUGCAGAACCGGGACAUUGUGGAGGUGGUGCGCACUGAGUACGUCUACAGUCGGCCUCCUCCGUGUUCCGACUUCCUGCCCACGAUCCACGUCAUCACUCCCACCUACAGCCGGCCAGUGCAGAAGGCCGAGCUGACACGUCUGGCCAACACCUUACUCCACGUGCCCAACCUACACUGGAUCCUGGUGGAGGACUCUCAGGGCAGAACCCCUCUGGUCAGCAGUCUCCUCCUGGAGACAGGACUAAACUACACCCACCUCAACGUUGAGACUCCCAGGAACUACAAGGUACGUGGGGACACUAGGGACCCCAGAAUACCACGCGGUACUAUACAGAGGAACCUGGCGCUGCGGUGGCUCCGGGAGACCUUCACAGCAAAUAACAGCCUGUCUAGAAUUGUCUACUUUGCAGAUGAUGACAACACAUACAGUCUGGAGCUGUUUGAGGAGAUGCGAUCCACCCGAAAGGUGUCAGUGUGGCCCGUGGCUUUUGUGGGUGGCCUUCGGUUCGAGUCCCCUAAAGUAAACACCUUGGGCAAGGUUUAUGGCUGGAAGACUGUAUUCGACCCACACCGGCCCUUUGCCAUCGACAUGGCCGGGUUUGCAGUGAACCUGCACCUUAUUCUGUCCAAACCUCAGGCUUAUUUCAAGUUACGUGGGGUGAAGGGAGGAUAUCAGGAGAGCAGUUUAUUAAAGGAGCUGGUGACUCUCAGCGACUUGGAGCCUAAAGCUGCAAACUGCACUAAAGUAUUAGUAUGGCACACACGGACAGAGAAGCCUGUGCUUGUAAAUGAGGGCAAGAAAGGAUUUACAGACUCUAACGUGGAGAUAUGACAUACUUCAUCUCACACAGGGGAGGCAUUUCUCCGUGGUAUGCUACUUGGACUCAAACCAACCUCAGAGCUCCUAGGAACCAUGGCCAGAGUCAAAACUAUUAUCACAGCACAGAAGCUGUACUUCAGCGCAGCCUAUAAAUGGAGGAACACUCGUCCACCCCCAGGAGGCAGUACAAAGCCAUGUGUGUGUACCGACCAGUAUCAAAGAAUAUCAAAGCACAACUGUACAAAAGCAAGCCUGCCUGUUCUGUCCGGAGCACCGGCCGAUGUGAGACACUGGUAGUGCUUGCCCAAAGGAGCCCAGUGAGGUCUCCUCAGACUAAGGAUGUUACAGGAUUUAAACUACAGGAAGAGAAGGCACAGACAGCAAUAAAGAGCCCUCUCAGCACAGACACCAGCCAACCAUCCAAUCAGCAUUAAAUAGGGCCCGUUUGUUCUCAGGCAAGCUGGCUGUCGGGCACAGGGCUGCACAGAGGAAUAAAAGGGCUCCUUGUCAUGAGUGAGUCAGCACUGACUGACAGACUGCACUUAGGUACUGUACAACACUGAGCUAUUUAGAUAGCCCCCUGGACCCAGCACUAAUUAUGACUCCUGUUACUCCUCAACACACACAGACACUUGCUCAGCUGGCACACUGCGCAAUAUGAACACAAAGACACACACACACUCACUCAAAAGCACAGAGCAGAGAUGUCGAAUCGUGCAACAACAACGCCAUUAACAGUCAUUCACUCCAAGCUUCUUUUUUUUUUCUGAUAUGCUGAAACACUACUGAGCUUUACUCAGAUCUCAGAGAGGAUUCAGUUGUCAUAGUGGCUUGUUCAUUUUACAGGCUGUCUUAAUAAGCUAAUCAAAAAACCCAGUGAUGUAGAACGCAGAAUUAUUUAUUGUUUCAGUGUUACUGGCACCAUUUACAUGUAAGUUGUGAGCUAUGCUUGGGAGAUUUAAUGGGAUAUGAAGCCAUUACCCUAAUUACCCUGCAUCCUUUCAAAUAACUUUAUUACUGAGUAUAAUUAUUCCCAGCAUGGAUUGCUGGCUUGCAAAUGAUGAUUUCAUACCCCACUGACUUGCAUUUGCACUGUUUAAGCUGGGCAUCCACUGUGCGAUUUAAGAAAAGCUGUUGUUAAAUUCCAACUCAUAUUGUCCGAGUAUAUCGUCUGCGAGGUGAAGCCAAAGUUCACGAUUCAUGUGCUCACACUGUGUGUGAUCGGCAGCCACGACUUGACUGCUCACACUGUGCGUGUGAAAUGCCUGUCGGCUCCAGCAGAAAGUUCUUCCGAGGUAGAGAAGUUUGUGUUUACCAUAGAAGAAGAAUGCUGACAAGACAGAAAAGUGCGUAAUCUGUGCCAUCCUCAAAAAAGAGGCCCCGGCGUAUAUGGACUCACCCACGCACGCACAUGUCCAAUCAACAUUAUAAUUUAUGAUAUUACCAACAAUAACCCUUCUGCAGUGAAGGAAACCUUCCGCCUGAAGGGUUAAGCUGGCGGGCGUUCUAAAAUGCUUAACAUGAAAAACGCUUAACGUCACUUAAUGUGCCAAAGCAGCAACCAAUGGUCAUCAGACAUGUCUUGUCAUAAACACUCACACCUAUCAAAAAGAUCUAAACCGAAAUCAAAUGAUUAUGGACGCUAUCUUACAUUAAGCGUUUUCCUCAUUGUGACAUUUAGCCUUUUCCUUAUAUUGGGCUUCUAUGGGGAAAACGCUUAAUGUAAGCUAACAUCCAUCAUCAUAUGAUUUCAGUCUUGAUUUUUUUUGUGUGUGUUUGUGACAAGACAUGUCUGUGAGAAAUUUGGUGAUCAUUGAUCAUUGCUUCAGUAAAUGAAAUGAUUCUUGGACGUUCCAACCAAUGACACGUCACAUAGGCAUAUGCCCAAAUGUCACAACAGUAUCACCGCACAGUUAUUUCUUAUACUUCUUAGUUUAUCGGAACGCUCGACGGCCAGUCGGGAGCAAUUAAUCGCUGCUCGCUUCCCCCUGUACACUGCACGGCAAAAGACGCAUGAUGAAGCUGAAAGUCGUCCGCUUGUAAAAAGAGUACAGUGUAUGCCCAGCUUUACAAAUCCUAACUGUUCUCUCAGACUCUGUGACUGUUCAGAGUUUGGACAGUUAUUGAUGUGACAACCAUCUAAGAUUUCGACAAUUUAAGGUGCGGGUCUGAUGGUGCUGCUUCAUUUGAAAGCUGUUGACACCAUUUCUGCCUCAGCUCCUGAUGUCACUUAAACCUCGUGUUGUGUUUUUUUUUUCCAGUUCAAUAAGUUACGUGACACACUGUAGAAUAAGCACACAAGAAAUAUAAAUCUAAUGCUAUGACAUAUAACUGAUAUCUUCAAACAGAUUUCAUCCUUAAACUGGGACUCCACAGACAAGAAGAUGCAGUAUAUCCUUAGGGAUUCUGUUCUAUACAAAAUGUAAAGAGUCACUGCAAAUAAAGGUACUGUAUGUACUUAGCUAUAAACUGCCCCCGAUAAAAGCAUGUCUCACUA